UGGUUCUGAAUAGUGACUCACCUGGUUUAAUCAAAAACAAGAACUUUCUCUGUGGUUCGGUGAUACAUGCACGAGGACGGACUUAACAACAAUGGGUAUUGUUGGUAUUGUCUAUAAUGAGAAUUUCUUUCAAGUGUGAAUGGACUUACUUACGAUAAUUGGACCACGUGUUGGUUGAGUAUAAAACUGGAACUCUGUCUCUAAUGUCUGUAUGGACGAUUUAUUGACAGCCCUUCACGAUAAAGUCUUCCCUCACCAAGGACUUUCUCGAGUUCCGUAACUUUCUCAUAUAUGUGACUCGUUUUUAUAACAUCACCGCUAAUAGGACCACGUGCGGCAGACAUGUGGUAACUACAAUAAGGAUAUCAGUAUCGAGUCUUACGAGUAACUGAAUAAAGAUGGAGCAGGCGAUGUGUAGUAUGCCUCAAGACCUCACACAGUUCAACCAAUCACAAGACUCGGACAUGAUCAGAAACUGUAAAAUGAGCAUGUUUUCUCGGCCACGGAACAAGCGCAAAGGGUACUACCCAAAUGGAAUAAACCGCAUGAUGAAUGAACAAAAUAGAUAUAGCCCGGAUAGCUAUGAUAUGGACAUGACAGACAGUUCAGAAAAUUCAAAUCUGGACAGUCCACUGCCAUUAGUUAACUCGAAUAAUGAGCCGCAACGGAAUGGAUUUGAGCCGCAGAAUCAUAGUGAGGCUCAGUUGUCACCAAAUGGUGAUAUCCCGAAGAUGUCACCUGGAUCUCAGAUGGUGGCGCCACCAUCGCCUGUUGGCGCCCAGGUAGCUUCGUCAAUGGAAUCAAUGAAGGCACAAUACGCCGAAGCGAUUAAAUCCGAUAUACAGAGGCAGCAUGAUGGAAAUCACGCCAAUCAUUUCUUGGGAAGUUUCUCUCCAAACUCACAACCCAUGCCCAACUUGCACUCACCACCGCAGCAUAUGAACUCUUAUUCGUACAGCUCACAGAACUUCACGGACCAAUUGAAAAGUUUCCACGCGGACCACAUAAAACGUGAACCGACGUCACCGCCAAGUCCGUUGACACCGCAUGGUAUGAACGGCGUAGAUAAGCAAGGGUUGGGGUCGACAAGGGCCGAUGGUGCAUAUGAAUACAACGAACCGUUAGACUUCUCGCAACCUGUCAAAAAGGAACCGGGGAGCACCGGAUCGAACGGGAGCAAUGCUGAUUCUUUAGAAAUAAAAUCACAAUAUUCGCCCAAAAACGGCAGCAUGGACGAAGCAGACGGCAUGGGUAACUUCACAUGUCGCCAUUGUCAUCGCCCGUUCAAGUCGCAGGUGAAUCUGGAUCGCCACGUCGAGAAAUCGCACAAUCCCAAAUCGAACAAGAUCUUCACGUGUUUACUAUGCCCCUAUACCACGAAGUUCUACAGCAAUAUGUAUGUACAUAUUCGCACACAUACAGGUGACAAACCUUACUGGUGCGGGGCCUGUGGUGCCUCCUUUAGUCAAGGAAGUUCAUUAAAGAUCCACAUCAUCAGCAAACACGGCGGGAACAAGAAGUACUUCAUCCUUGACCGCAAACUCGGAAAAGCAAACUUGCUCCGGUUCUGGCAACGACGGGAGUCUGCGAGUCUGAAAAGCCCAGAUGGCUCCGAUAACCUGCGGCCAGAUAUCAAACCGGAUAUCAACGGUUUGAAUAUGAACAUGAACAUGAACAGUUUGAACAUGAAAAUGAACUUGAACAUGAACAUGAAUAUGCCGCGCGAUUUGCAGAACGGUGGUCACAUGCCGAACGGGUUGGAUCAAAUCGAUGGUGGGAAAAUCCCGACAUCACAACCGCAGCAUAACUCGUUCCUCCCGAAUCAAAACCCGAUGAACAGUAACUUUGGUAUGUUCCCGAACGGUUUGAAUGGUAUGAAUAUGUUUAAUCAUAUGAUGAAUCCACUCGGGAUGCUCGGUCAGAACCCGCUGAAUCCCAACAUGAUGGGCUUGCCGGGAUUAAAUAACAGUAACAUGUUCCUGCAGCCCGGUUUGCUCAAUAGUUUGAAUCUCAAGAAUUCGGCUUUCUUUACGAAAACCACGCAGUACCAGAACGGUGAGGACCGGGAACGCAAUGGCGAUGCGAAACCGCAAGGAUUUCCCGGGUUGGAAGGCGCUUCAAAAGACUUGAUGGGUAAUGGUAACGGCGCCAUGAUGCCGUCAGAUUUGAAUAUCAAUUGUAACGAUAUGCCGAGGUUCCCCCAUGGUAUGCCUCACAUGAGCCCAUCGGUCUCCUCUGGUCAUAGCAAUGCUACUCCCACGCUCAGCCCAAACAUGAUGCCUCGCAUGUCCACCCCACAAAGACUGCAGCCCCAGAUUUCUCCCUCAAUGCCACCGAUGAAUCAAAUGAAUGGAAACGGCGUUCCACUGCCGCGACCUCCGCAACCCAUGUCACCGCCGCGACAUCAGUUAAAUAACAACAACAUGAAGUCACCGUUAACGCACACGCUGACGCCAUCUAUCAAUGGACAUGUGAACAUCCCAAUAAACGGCAUCACUCCCGAUAACUCCCCGAUCAAGGAUUCGCCAACUGACGCUAAGUUACGCGAGCUGCGGAAGAACGUUGUGAAGAUGCUGCGGAUGAUGGUCCCUGAUCUCCAGAUGGAUAAGAACCUGAACCAGGAGGGUGAGGAUGUCGACGUCCUACUCAAAGAAGUCAUCUGGAGCACGGUCACUGAAAUGGACACGGUCGACGGCAACCUUUGAAUCAAACCAUUUCCUUAGGUAUUUUACUUGUAUCCGAAUGUACUUCAUAGUUUAGACGGGCCAGGCUGAUCGCAGUGUGGUGUUUUGUUUGGCCGAGUUUUGAGAAAUUUGGGCAAUUGCUAGCCUGGUUGUUUUCAGUUGCUGGCCUCAAAAGAUAUUUAGAUUCAUAUCAUUAUGAGAGAGUAUUCUCCCCAUUGUCAGAUUUAUAAAUCCCAAACAGUUUAUGAAAAGUUGAGAUCCAAGAUUUCAGACAUGUUUUCUUCAUUAGUCCUUUGGACACAAACUCAAAACGUAAAAUGUUGGCCUUCUUUUUCCACUUCUCCGUAAGACGGACUGAGGAAUUUCAUAUUAUUUAAAUUCAUAGGCAUUGAGCUUGUUUUUUCUUGAGAAAUCUACUAGUUUGUUAUCAUUACCAGGUUUGCAUUUUUUCAGUUCAGUUAUAACGGGAUCGUGAGUUUAACUCCAACAGAAAAUCGGAGGGUUGAGAUUUAGAAUCUAUUGUAUACCUGAGAUUUUUGUUGAAAGAAAUACUCAGAAACUGGACGAACUGCAUUAAGUUGAUCAUGGAUCAGGAUGGAAUGCCCUCUACCAUUGUGAUUAGGAGUUGCUCCACUAGAUAUGAAAGCAUAUCAAUAGUAUUAAUUAUGAUGAUAAUCAUAACGAUAACUUUCUGUGCGUGCUGCGGAAACUCUCAGUUUUGUUUCAAGACUUAAAUACUGCCGGCCAGAAAGCGACAGUUAGUUUCCAAAGUUUUCAAAGUCUCUUUCUUUCGAUAUAAAGGAGCUUGAUGCGACUUUUGAAGAAUGUUUUUGAAUUGAAUUGUGAAUUGGAUCUAUAGAAAUCCAUUUGUUUGUAUCAGUUUGUCGUGGUAUCAAAAUAGCCACUCCGUAAUCCAAAAGUGAAAUUUUUUAUUGUGGUGACUUCGUGUUGUGCCUUUAGAAGGCUUUUUGAAUGCAUUUCAUGACAUGUAUAUAUACUCUCCGUAGACCAAAAACACAAUGACCAGUAUUAUAAACCAUUGUGAUUUUCUAUGUAUUUUACUCUAUGUUACCUCUGUAGUAUUCCGGAUUCUGUUUCUGAUUGCUGAUUUCUGGUAAUAUCAUCGAAACAGUUGAAUCUGUUGAGUGUGUUCAUCUCUUCAGUUCUAUUCUAGAAUCAAAUCUAUCUACUAUUCUAGAAUAGAAAGGAAUUGGUGUCUGGUCAGCUCUAUCCCAGUUCUAUUCUAGACCAAAAUUCUAUUCUGUGCUAGAAUACAAUACAACUGAAUAGGUAUUCUUGAAUAGAGUAGAAUACAAGGUGCCUCAACAGCGUGAUACAUCCAAGUUCUAUUCUAGCACCAAAUUCUAGUCUGUAUAUUCUAG